AGGCGCGAGACGAGCAUGCUCGGGACCGGCAGUUUUCGAGACGUCCACCACGGGGAAGGCGAGACACUACGCGGCGAGCCCGGGAGCAGCGCGCGCGAGAGGAAGCGUUUAUCUCUGUGCAUCACCCAGGAGGAGGGAGGGAAGUAUCGCCACAUGUGCAGCCACAGCAUGACAGGCCUGGGGUCAGCCCAGGCGGAGAGGAACCGCCAUCAGCUGGCUGAGGGGGAAGAUAACAGUGAGCAUCACUGGGAGCAACAGCUGGUGUGGGAAAGCAAGGCUGUAGUAAUUCAGAGGGCCUGGCGCACUGCUCUGGAUCGCAAGACAGGCUGGCAGGAAGGGCCUAAAGUCCGUACACAUCAUCACUGUGGGACGGUUCCACUGGAAGACGCCUUCCCCACAAACCUUACUACUGAAGAGCUGGGUCAAAACCUCAUGCUGGAGGAGCUCAAGACUCUGCAGAGCAUGAAGUAUGUAAAUGAUAGAAGCUACCAGGUGCAAAACCAACAGCUGACCACAGACCUGGAUAACAACAUUGCUGUCAACAUGGCACCGCUGGAGUCCAAGGUUUUGAUCAUCCAGCGCGCCUGGCGGGACUUCCUGCAGGGACAGGACGUCUUGGAGAAGCGGAGCCCCUCCCCUCCGUCUCUGUCCUCCUCUGACAAGAUGAGCACAUCAAUCAGCAUGACCACCCUAUCAGACGGCAGCACCCCUGACUACCGGGAGGAUGGCAUGGACCUGGGGAGCGACGUCUCUAGCCGUUCCGGCUCCGAGACCAGCUCCAACAAGGUAACUCCCUGCUCGGAGUGCCGGCCUUCGCCUGGCCUGGACCUGGGCGCGCUCGAGGACUACGAUGAGGACGAGGACUACCGGCGCUACAAGAAGCGGGUCAUCGAAGACUGGGGGAGGGAGUACGCCGCCGACUACGCGGACAACCGCCCAACGGCCGUGGACGGGGCCUUCCGGAAGCCGGCGCCGAACGGCCGCAGCCUGGCCGAGGAGCUGCGGGCGGUGAAGGGCACGCCCCCGGCCCCGGCGAUGCCCGCUGCGACGCGAGCGCCCGCCGAGCGCGAGGAAGUCAAGAGGAACAGCAACCCGACCGGCGCACACCGGCCCCUCUCGCCCGCUUCCGGCAGGGGCGAGGCGGAUGACAGGAGCAUUGGCGAGGGGUCCGCGGGUGGUCCCAGGAAGGAAGGAGUGGCAGAGGAGAGUCAGCUCCCCACCAUGGACUGGGCAGCGCUGGAGCGGCACCUGGCUGGCCUGCAGUUCAGGGAACAGCAAGAAAACCAGAACGGGAACAUGGGCCGGACCAGCUCCACCAACGCCCAAAAGAAUGAGCGUGAGUCCAUUAGACAGAAGCUUGCACUGGGAAGUUUCUUUGACGAUGGUCCAGGCAUCUAUACCAGCUGCAGUAAGAGUGGCAAACCCAGCCUGUCCUCACGACUACAGAGUGGCAUGAACCUACAGAUUUGCUUUGUGAAUGACAGUGGGAGUGACAAAGACAGCGAUGCUGACGAUAGCAAGACAGAGACCAGCCUGGACACACCUCUGUCCCCUAUGAGCAAGCAGAGCUCGUCGUACUCGGACCGAGACACGGCAGAGGAGGAGGAGGAGUCUCUGGAAGACAUGGACUUCCUCAGCAGACAGAAGAAACUGCAGGCUGAGGCUAAGUUGGCGCUGGCUAUGGCCAAACCCAUGGCCAAGAUGCAGGUGGAGGUGGAGAAACAGAACCGCAAGAAGUCACCCGUGGCAGACCUGCUGCCCCACAUGCCCCACAUCAGUGAAUGUCUGAUGAAGAGAAGCCUAAGACCCACAGACCUGCGAGACAUGACCCUAGGUCAACUCCAGGUCAUCGUCAAUGACCUUCACUCCCAGAUCGAGAGUCUGAAUGAGGAACUCGUACAGCUGCUACUGAUCAGAGACGAACUCCACAUGGAGCAGGACGCCAUGUUGGUGGACAUCGAGGAUCUGACCAGGCAUGCUGAGAGCCAGCAGAAACACAUGGCUGAGAAGACCCUCCCCAAAUAAGCCCCCUAUCCCUCCCCACGUGCUCACGCGUCAGUGCAGAGACCAGCCACUUUCCUUCUGCUUCUGUGGUUGUUCGCAUCCACAUGGUGAAGCAUUUCCUGACAGGCGGCAGACAAAGUGUGAGUCUUGGAUACCGUUUCCUGGCUUCCCGUGCAGUGAUUGGCCUUGCUUCUUAAUCGUUUUUCAUUUUAACUUUUUACAUUUGCCAGUAAAUUAUAACUGUCAAAAUAUAAAAAAAUAGCAGAAAUAACAUAGAUAGAAAUUAGUAGGAAGUCAGAUUUAAAAACCUAAAAAAUGUACAAAGAAAAUAAGAAUUAACUGCUGAGAAUUUUAAGUUGAACAGUAUUUUAAAAGGCUUUUUUUAUUCUGCACUAAUGGUAGUUUUCAACUGAAACUUUAAUUUAAGGUGCUAAGUGUGAAGGAAACACCCACCUUGUAGCCUGGUCGUACCGUUUGGUAAUGCGUUCAUGCUAAUCGGUAUUCAACAUUUUGUGAAUGUUGAUUCUCUGACGCGAGUCAUUUUAAAUGAGUGUGUUAAUAUCAUUUUCAUCCUAUUGUAUUCAGAAUCUUUAUUUGACGGAAGAAAUGUUUAUGUACAAAUAUGUAAAAUAAAAAAUAAAAACUUUGUUUCAUAUA